UUUGAGGGAUGUGCUGGAGGGAUGAACUGGGACACACAGCUAAGUUCUAUUCUGACUGCAACAGAUGCCAACAUGGCCAAAGUUAAGCAUCGUCUGAAUCCAACCAGCAUAAUUUCCAAGGCUGACUUAUUGCUGGACAGAAUAAACACCGAGAGUACUAUUCUCACUGAGCCUCUGACUGAACCACCACCUCUGCAUUUCACAUGUGCUGCUCACCCUUGUUGUAGAAUGGCCACUGAGGAGCUGUUAGCCAUCAGCAAGCAGCUGCAUUCACAAGCCCAGGUCAUAGAUUCCCUCACUCAGGCUGUACAUCGACUGAAACAGGAGAAGGAACUGCAGCAGCACAGUAUCAAUCACUUAGAGGAGGAGGUGGAUCGACUGCAGCACAACCCCUGUGGUGGCUUGGAAUCAGUGCUGGGAUGCACGAUGGAAGGGCUAAAGAGUGAGCUCCAUAAUCUUCGGCACCAGGUGUUUCAGCAGUCAGAUGGUGACUGCCCCCCUGAUCUGUAUUCUAGCCCUGGCGUUGUGCAAGAGAUGUUAGAGAGCAAGAAAGUCCUGUGGCGAGAGUAUGAGUCCAUCAGAAGAGAGAUGGAGCAGCUGAAACAAAAACUUGAUCAGCAAGAAGAAGAUCUUUUCAACCAAGUGUCUGCUACUCAUGAGAUUAGAAGGACUCAAAAUCGGUAUUGUAAGAUGCUGGAAGAUCUGAUGAACAGUCAUAAAACUCAGACUCAGGAUCUGGACAAAGCUAGGAUUGAGACCCAGAGCACCCAGCAGGAACUCAGUAACAUCAAAUCUUCAAUUACAAACCUACGAGAACAAGUGAAAAGUCUGCACAUUGAGGACAAGCUGUGUGCUAGGGAGGAAAGCAUUCAUCUGAAAAAAAAGAAUGACUUUCUGCACAACGAUGUCUUGUCAUCCUUUCUGUGUGAUGAUUCGGCCUCCGAGCUCAGUCUUACUGAUGUCAGCUCUGAUGAACUCUUCAGUGAACCAGAACUUGCAGAACUUGCUGAGGACAAGGAGAUUUCCAUACCAAGCUUGGAGAUGGAGAAAAGCGCCCCUGGAGGGAAUGCUAGUAACAUGUUGGAGGGAGCAGAGCUUAACAGUGAGCUGUCCACCAGUCUGCCUGAGCUCAGCUUGAGUGACCUGUAAACAUUCACCGAAAUACUGGCUCAUUCUUUCUAAUGUGAAAAAUAAAAGAGAGGAGGAACGUACGGUCUGCUCUCUUGUAUGCA